GCACGGCUCCCGGCGCGCCCCUCCCGUCUCCCCCCAAAAAAGUUUGAGUCGCAGCUGCCGGGUAGCCAGCGGAGUCGCGCGCCGGGAGCUACGUGGGGCAGAGAAGUCAUGGCUUCUCCGUCCAAAGGCAGUGACCUGUUUUCUUCUGAUGAGGAGGGCCCGGCGAUGGUGGCCGGGCCGGGCCCGGGGCCUGGGGGCGCCGAAGGGGCCGCGGAGGAGCGCCGCGUCAAGGUCUCCAGCCUGCCCUUCAGCGUGGAGGCGCUCAUGUCGGACAAGAAGCCGCCCAAGGAGGCGUCCCCACUGCCAGCCGAAAGCGUCUCCGCUGGGGCCACCCUGCGGCCACUGCUGCUGCCCGGACACGGCGCCCGGGAGGCGCACAGCCCUGGGCCGCUGGUCAAGCCCUUUGAGACCGCCUCGGUCAAGUCGGAAAACUCAGAAGACGGAGCGGCGUGGAUGCAGGAACCCGGCAGAUAUUCGCCACCGCCAAGACACAUGAGCCCGACCACCUGCACCCUGCGGAAACACAAGACCAAUCGGAAGCCCCGCACGCCCUUCACCACGUCCCAGCUCCUCGCUCUGGAGCGCAAGUUCCGCCAGAAACAGUACCUCUCCAUCGCAGAGCGCGCAGAAUUCUCCAGCUCUCUGAACCUCACAGAGACCCAGGUCAAAAUCUGGUUCCAGAAUCGAAGGGCCAAGGCGAAAAGACUGCAGGAGGCAGAACUGGAAAAGCUGAAAAUGGCUGCAAAACCCAUGCUGCCCUCGGGCUUCAGCCUCCCUUUCCCCAUCAACUCGCCCCUGCAAGCAGCAUCCUUAUAUGGAGCAUCCUAUCCUUUCCAUAGACCUGUUCUCCCCAUCCCGCCCGUGGGACUCUAUGCGACUCCAGUGGGAUAUGGCAUGUACCAUCUAUCCUAAGGAAGACCAGCUCAAUAGACUCCGUGAUGGAUGUUUGUUUAAACACCUUCCCCCUCCCUCUCCAAGAAGACAGUCUCACGCCAGCCCUCUGCUCUGCAAACCUUGUAUGCACCACCCUCCGCGCCUAGGUCGACAGGGCCACAGACAUAGUGCAAAUCGGUUCUUUAGACUGGAGACACCAAAGCCCCGUUUUCUUGGUGUCAUCUUCCAGACACUCCCUUCUCCUUUCACAAAGAUUGGCUCUGAUGGUUUUUAUAUAUAAGUCUAUAUAUAAUAAAAUAUAAUACAUUUUUAUACAGCAGAUGUAAAAAUCAAAUUAUUUUGAAAAGCAAAAUUUAUAUACAUAUAGAUCUCCUUUUUUUCUCUAUAUCACCUUCCUAAAAAGAGACUGCUUAAGUCUGUUUUUUCUUUUAGGGGGAGACAACUUAUUGGCUAAUUUUGCUGAAAUUGGGUGAUUUGAAUAGAAGGACUAACUUUUGCUUAUGGAAAACAAACCUGAGAAUCAGACACUGUGCAUCAGUAGGGAGCCCUCCAAGGGACGGGACUCGCCAUGGUUUUGCAUUUUUUACAUGCAUUAAAAAACUCAUUAGAUACGA